AUGGGACCUAUUACGAACUCUAGCUUCACAGAUGACAAAUCGGGCGGUCGACAGCGGAGGACAGUUCUGAUGACAAUGUUCCAGGAAGCUUUGGCCGACUGUAAUCUGGAGGAUAUGGGUUUUGUGGGUUCUCGCUUUACCUGGGAUAACCGUUAUACGAAGGAACGUUUGGACCGGAGUUGUUGCACUCACAAUUGGCGUGCACUCUAUCCUUAUUCUAAGGUUGUGACACUGCCUCCUAACAGGUCAGAUCAUAAUCCCAUUGUUGUAGAGGUUGGAUUGAAAAUUGGUUCAACAGGUAAACUUCUAAUGGAAUGGGAUGCGGGAACUUUUCGGCAGAGGAAAACGGAGAUGUUUCUUUUGCAAUCUAAGAUGGAUAUGUUGAUGAAACUUCCGUUUGAUCAUUCUCACUUUGAACAACAAAAAGCUCUUCAAUUUAGGUAUAAUGAACUUCUAUCCUUGGAAGAAGUUUAUUGGCGCCAGCGGUCUAGAGUAUUAUGGUUGAAAGAGGGGGACCAUAAUUCAGCUUUUUUCCACAGGAAAGCUUCUAACGGACGUAGCCGUAAUAAGGUGGCCGAGGGUUCUGAUUCUGCAGCUUUGGAGGUAGUUCUUGAACAGAUUCAACCAUGUGUUGAUAAUGAUAUGAAUUCUUCUCUAUUAGCUGCAUAUUCAGAUGCGGAAAUUAAGAAGGCUUUGUUUCAGAUGCAUCUAUCAAAAUCACCCGGACCUGAUGGUAUUCUGGAUUCUGAGAGCAAUUUUACUCAUUUGACUCUUAUUCCAAAAAUUAAAGAGCCUAAGAUUGCAUCUGACUUCAGGCCUAUUGCUCUAUGUCGUUUGAUAUCUGAUAACACUUUGGUUGCCUCUGAGGUUUCUCAUUUUAUGCAUAAGCUUCGGUAUCAGAAUGAGGGUUUCUUCUCUCUCAAGUUAGAUAUCAGUAAAGCUUAUGAUAAAUUGGAGUGGACUUUUCUUACUGCUAUUUUAUCUAAGAUGGGUUUUGCGCAAAAGUGGAUUGAUAUUGUUCUAUGUUCUAUUAGAACAAUGCGCUAUUCUAUUCUUUUACAUGUCACUCAGGGAUCACUGAAAGGGUUGCGUAUGAGUCAUGGGGCCCCAGUUGUUCAUCAUUUGUUAUUUGCAGAUGAUAGUUUUCUAUUUGGGGAAGCAUCUGUUUCAGAAUGUGCUACCCUCAGGUCCAUCCUGAAUGUUUACGAGCGUGCUUCUGGUCAAAAGAUUAACCUGGAUAAAAGCAGUGUUGUUUUCAGUAAGAAUGUGCAUCCUGAUGUCAAAGGUAAUUUAGCUUCUAUUUUAGGGGUGCAAUGUGUCGAGGAUCAUGGCAGAUAUCCAGGGCUACCCCUUCAUGUGGGGAAAUUAAAAACAGCAAUUUUCUCUUACUUAAAGGAAAGACUGACAAAGAAGCUGAUCAGUUGGCGCACCAAAAUCUUGAGUUCUGCUGGUAAGGAGAUUCUAAUGAAGGCUGUGGCUCAAGUUAUUCCAACUUAUGUUAUGAGUUGUUAUAUGCUUCCUAAAGGUCUCUGUGACGAUUUGCAUCAACUUUGUGCUCAAUUCUUUUGGGGAGGUUCAGAUUCUAAUCGCAAAAUUCACUGGAGGUCUUAG